AUGGUUGAGAAUGUUGAAUUGGAGACAUAUCCAGCGGGGAAGCAGCAUAAUGAUCGUAGUGCAGAAUCGUCUGAGAGUUCAGAUGUGCUGCAUCAUCGUAAAGAGACGAAGAACGAGGGGAUUUUCAUAAACCAGGAGAAUAUGAGCGAGGUUGAAUCGCUAUACGGUAAUGAUGAUCCGGAUGUUAAGAGAGAUUUGAAGCCAAGACACAUGUCCAUGAUUUCCCUAGGAGGGACGAUUGGUACAGGGUUGUUUAUGGGUAUUGCAUCUCCUAUCAGAGUGGCUGGUCCAGUCGGGUCUUUACUGGCGUACCUAUUUAUGGGUACAAUUGCGUUCUGUGUGACACAAUCUUUGGGAGAGAUGGCGACGUUCAUUCCGGUGACGUCGUCGUUCACUAUGUAUACACAGAGGUUUCUGUCCCCUGCGUUGGGGGCAGCUAACGGGUACUUGUACUGGUUUUCAUGGUGUGUGACUUUUGCAUUGGAGCUUUCUAUCAUUGGUCAGUUGAUUCAGUAUUGGACGUUUGCGGUGCCACUUUCAGUAUGGAUUGUCGUUUUUUGGAUUUUAUUAACAGCCAGUAACAUGAUACCCGUUAGGUUCUAUGGUGAGAUUGAGUUUUGGAUUGCUGCGCUUAAGGUGUUGUCUAUCUUUGGCUUUUUGAUAUAUGCUCUAGUAAUGGUAUGCGGUGGUUCCUCAGAAGGCGCGCUUGGUUUCCGUUACUGGAAGAACCCUGGUCCCUGGGGUAUGGGGAUGAUCUCUAGCAAUAAGUACGAGGCUAGGUUUUUGGGCUGGGUUUCUUCUCUUAUUAAGGCGGCGUUUACCUACCAAGGAACCGAGCUAGUUGGGAUUACUGCUGGUGAGUCGAAGAACCCCAGAAAGACCGUUCCAAAGGCCAUCAACAAGGUAUUUUUCAGAAUUUUGUUCUUUUAUAUCUUGUCGUUGUUCUUUGUUGGUUUGUUGGUCCCAUACACUGAUCCGCGUUUGAGUACUACUUCGGAUUCAGAUAUAAACACCUCUCCAUUUGUCAUGGCCAUUCAGAACUCUGGCACAAAAGUAUUGCCUAGUGUUUUCAACGGUGUGAUUUUGGUCACCAUUCUCUCCGCUGGCAAUUCGAAUAUCUAUAUCGGCUCCCGUGUCUUAUACGGGUUGAGUAAAAGCGGCUUGGCCCCAUCUUUGUUCAAAAAAACUAAUAAACAGGGUGUUCCUUUCUAUGCCGUUUUGACUUCCUCGAUAUUUGGUUGUUUGGCAUACUUGAACAUCUCACAGAAUGCCAAAAAGGUGUUUGAUUGGCUAUUGACCAUCACUGCUGUGGCAGGAUUCUUCGCUUGGUUGUUGAUUUCCCUUUCUCAUAUUAGGUUCAUGCAGGUGUUGAAAGAUCGUGGCAUCUCACGUAAUGAUUUGCCUUUCAAAGCAAAGUUUAUGCCCUGGGGGGCCUACUAUGCUGCAUUUUUCAUCACUGUAAUUAUCCUAAUUCAGGGCUUCGAUUCGUUUGCCCCCGAGUUCGUUUUUAGCGAAUUCAUCGCAGACUACAUUUCUGUUUUCUUGUUUAUAGUCUGCUGGUUAGGCUUUCAAGUUCUGUUCAAGACGAGGCUAAUCCUCCGCAAAGAAGAUGUAGACAUCGACACAGAUAGAAGAGAGAUAGACGCUCUCGUCUGGUCCGAUGAUGAUGAACCAAAAACUCUACUGCAAAAGCUUUGGCAAUCAUUUUCAUAG